CCUGAUUGGUUAAUUUGGAAAGGACGUCUCAUAGGCGGUAGAUUGAAUUUUUGUGUAAGGGGCUAAUGCAGUAAAAAUUAAUAAAUAUGUCUAUGGACAUUUUGGGUGAUGAUGUUUGGGAGUACAAUGCUCCACAAUACGUUGACUUUGCAGCUGGUGAAGAUGACCCAAACGCAGAUGCAUGGUUUGAUCGACAAAAUGAGGUAGGGAAUACAAUUCCCUUAAUCAAUGAUGAAACUUGUGCAUCCACUCCUGAGGCUCGUCGCUUGACAAGGUCUAUGUGUGCAACUCCUAAGAAUGACAAAAAUUUACCAGAAGCAACAGAGAAGAAAAGCACACCUGCACAGCCUAAGAAAAUAAAUAAGCCAGCUGGAAGCAUAUCAUCAAAUGCUGGAGGUGAUGGAUCAAAAGUUCCAGAUACUAACUCCAAAAAAUUUGCUGUGCCUAUGAAAGCAAUUCACCCUAAGACAAAAUCAGAAAGUACUCCAGAGACCAGGGGGAGGUCAAGGUCAUUAAAGCGGACCAAUUCCAUGAGAAAUGUGAGCACAAAUUUGCCCAACCCCCAGCUUCAGAAAAGACGGUCUGCGGAUCCUGCUAAGUCUGCCCCUGUAUCAACUGUUAACAAGCCACCAGAAAAGACAAUCUCUAACCCUAGCAUUGCGAAAGCCAGGUCUCAGGUCAGGAGGAGCGCUGGGGUUAUGGCCAGUACCACCAAGGGAUCCCAUGCUCGCACCUUGUCCUCUGAUAGUGCCUCACACUCCAGAACUAGAUCUACCUCUACCUCCAGUGUAUCCAGUAACAACGCCCAGAACACCUCACAAAACGAGGCUUCAGCAACCUCGUCAAAGAUGCCUAAGCUUACUAUUCCCACCACUCCAACAUUUAUGAGGAGGAAACCAAUUGGAAAGGUUGAGAAAGUGAAGAGCAGUGAAGAACAGCAGCUGGAACAAAUAGCAAACAUUAAAGCAGAAUUCAACAAACGAAAGAGGAUGGCGCAGAAGUCCUACCAAACAGCCAUGAAAUCCUCAGGUUAUGUACCAGUGCACUCAAAGACCGAGCCCACAAAACCAGAGGACUUCCACUUUGAGACGGACACUCGUCUGAAAUCUCAGAGUACCCACAACACUAGUGCUGAUAAAAAGGCAGACUUUGUCAGGAUUCUUCGAUCAAACUCUAGGGGGCGAUCACCAGGUCCUGCUGAAAGAGUACCCACCAAACCCCAGCCAUUUAAGCUUUCUGAAGGAAGAAAACGAAAAGCUGAGACAGACUCGGAGACCUACAAGAGCGUGGCUGAGCAGUUAGUGGCCUUCCAUAAACAAACACCCGACAGAUUUCAUACUCAAUCUAAAAAAGGACCUGAAAGAGCUAAGAGAAUACAAUCUCACUCCCCUGUGUCAGGACUUACCGUGCCAAAAACCCCGAAUUUCGAGUCUACCACCCGUUCACGGCCUGUUUUAGUUCCAAGUCAAAAAGACCUUGAAGAAAAGGAAAUUGAGGAAAUGAAAAAAAAUCAAUUCAAAGCACACCCUGUGAACAAAAGAAUCUUGACCAAUCCCAACACUGGCGUGAAGAAGGUUGCUCCUAAGCCUGUCACCAAGUUUGAGGAGUUUGAUUUGGAGUGUGGCAAGAGACCUCAGAAUAAGAGUUUAAAAUCUGACACUGAGGAAAAGUUUGAAUUCCACGCUCAGCCUGCACCAAAGAAAAUAUUGGAAGGCCCAGUGGGGGUCAAGCCCGCCAAGUCACUUCCUCUGACCCAGCCUCAGUCUCCAGCAUUUGCUCUACGACAGCGUGUACGACUUCCCAUGCCCAAAGAAGAAGAGGAGGAGGUCUCUAAGGUGAUAAAGGGUCAUGCUGUUCCCCAUUCUGGCGUACCUUUCCAGCCGACUCUCAAUCAUAAAUGUACGGUCCCUACUCCAUUUUCAUUCGAGGAGAGAGACAAACUUACCAUGGUUAGAAAGCAAGAAAAAAUUGAGGAAAUUUUUGAGGAAGAGAAGAAGAUGCGGGAGUUCCAUGCCCAGCCUCUACCGAUGGGAGAGGACGCUCUUCCUCCCAAGAAAACUAAACCUGUCACCAUACCUGAGCCCUUCCAGCUGGAACUCGAUGAGAGAGGAGUCAAAAGACUGCAGGAAUUUAGUCAAAAGGUUGAAGAAGAAAACACACAUUUGAAAGAACAAGCCAAAUUUCGAGCCAACCCAGCCAAAGUGCUGCAUCAGGAACCAUUCUGUCCUGCGAAAUCAUCCAAGCCCCUCACAGACAUAAGUGGAUUUGAGUUGAACACUGAGCAAAGAUCGCACAAAAGAGAGAAUUUCGAAAUGCACAAAAAGGCCAGAGAAGCGGAAAUAGAAGCAGCCAAGCGACAGAGAGAAAAACAAAAAGAGGAGGUGGAAAAAGCUUAUGUUGCUAAGGUGAGGGCGGAAGCUGUGCACAAAUCCCAGCCAAUCAAACGUUUUAAAUCCGUGGAAGUCCUGCCCAGUGACAGACCAUUGACAUUUGCCGAGUCGCCAAAGUUCGAAACAGACCGCAGACUGAGAAGCAAAGUCAAUUGCUUCUAAAUUGUUUUUCUCUUUUAUACUGGGGAAAAUAUGUACAUUUACAAUGAAUGUGUAAAAAACGAUGCUGAAAAUUUUAGCUGUAAAUUCACUUCCAUGUUUUAAGUGCACAAAUUGUGCUUUUAAUAUUCCAUUUAUUUUAAAGGGAAAAAAUGGUUAUUGUUUUGUUGUUGAUGAGGCCAGAGACUUGUGAUGUACAGUAUCAUGCAUGUACUGUGUACUGAUGAAAUCUAAAUCUUCUAUCUCACUCUUAAUUUUAUCUUGCUGUCAUUUCUCUAUCUAAUGUUCACAUGUAUUUCAUUUUUUCAUUGGUUUUUACUCAUUAACAAUGCCAUACAU